AUGGGGCUGCCCCCGCCAGGGCUAUGGCUGAAGAGGCUCUGGGUCCUCUUUCAGGUGGCCCUGCAUGUGGCCAUAGGCAAAGUGCUCCUGACGCUGUUUCCCAGGAGGGUCAAGCAGAACAUCCUGGCCAUGGGUGAGAAGACUGGCAUGACCAGGAACCCACACUUCUCCCAUGAAAACUGGAUCCCUACCUUCUUCAGUGCCCAGUAUUUCUGGUUUAUCCUGAAGGUCCGUUGGCAGCGACUGGAGGACAUGACUGAACAAGGGGGUCUGGCCCCAAACUGCCCUGUAGUCCGCCUGUCAGGAGAGAGGUGCAGCAUCUGGGACUUCAUGCAAGGCAACAGACCCUUGGUGCUGAAUUUUGGAAGUUGCACCUGACCUUCAUUUAUUUUCAAAUUUGACCAAUUCAAGAGACUUAUUGAAGAUUUUGGUUCCGUAGCAGAUUUUCUCAUCAUUUACAUUGAAGAAGCACAUGCAUCAGAUGGCUGGGCUUUUAAGAACAACGUGGACAUCAAGAAUCACCGGAAUCUCCAGGACCGCUUGCGAGCAGCCCACCUGCUGCUGGACAGGAGCCCCCAGUGCCCCGUGGUGGUAGACACAAUGAAGAACCAGAGCAGCUCGUGCUACGCAGCACUGCCAGAGCGGCUCUAUGUGCUCCAGGAGGGCAGGAUCCUGUACAAGGGUAAACCUGGUCCUUGGAACUACCAUCCAGAGGAAGUUCGUGCUGUUCUGGAAAAGCUCCACAGUUAA